CUUACUGACCAGUCGCCAGUUAUCUCAGGUAUGUCAACAUGCACAGCUCACUGGAGAGCAAUACCCUCGGGCCCAAUGUGUGGGACUACGACAUGGUGCUGGAGAAGAUAGGCUAUGGCAAGACGCAGUGGCUGCUCCUGCUCGUCAGCGGACUGCUGACCAUCACAUCCGUUGCAGCCCAACAAGCCAUGAGCAUCAUUGUGAUCGCCUCGCAGUGCGAGUUUGAAACCACACAGGCCGAGAAGGGCGUGAUGAUGGCGGCUAGUGUUACAGGUCAGUUGUUAUGUGAGUGGGUAUCUUCCUAUCGUCGAAAGGUCCUGCUCUAUGGUAAUUUCGCCAGCAAUGCCCUGCAGUUCAUUUUGAUGUUCGUUACCAGCGUCUGGCUAUUUAAUAUUAUAAACCUUCUCGUUGGAAUUAGUGUUGGCGCGGUGUCAGCAGCACUCUAUGCAUAUCUGAGUGAAUUCAAUAUACCACGACAUCGCGCCGUGGCGAUUAACUAUUCGACUAUGUUUGUUAGUGUUACGGCCAUAUAUGUUCCAGCAACUGCUUGGUUGGUACUCUCAUCGAACUGGGCCAUCAGCAUUGGAGAUUUUGUGUUUAGGCCAUGGCGUUUGCUGUUGCUAGUUAGUCUGCUGCCAGGAUUUAUUGGCGGCUUGAUAUUACUCUAUUAUCCUGAAAGCCCCAAGCUCCUGCUUUCGCAAGAAAAGAACAAAGAAGCCAUUGAAGCUGUGGCUUGGAUCAGUAAAUUUAACAGGGGAAAAUCCAUACAUCAAGUUCUGAACUGCGAUGAAUUUACCCUGAAGUCCGAGGAUCCAGUGGGCGAAAACUUGUUGGCCGAAAGCCAAGGAUGUGGUAUAUUAUCCAAAAUUUGCAGGGCCACCAUACCACUUUUCCACAAGCCACAUGGAUUUAAUUUUAUUCUUUGCAAUUUGGCAUUAUUUGGAAUGUUUUUCAGUUCAAACGGCAUGCAGCUUUGGUUUCCCGAAAUUGUUAAUCGGUCAUCAGGUGCCGAAAAUAACUCUUCAACAGUUUGCGAAAUUCUCAGCGUACCUGUAGAACACGUUAAUGUUACAGAAACUUUGGAUUGCACCGAUCCUAUUAGUAGCAAAACCUAUAUAGACAACCUCGUUGUAGGUUUCGCAUUUUUGAUUGGAUUUUCGAUUCAAGGACUAAUACUUAAUCCUUUGGGCCGUAAAAACGUACUUUUAGCUGCUCUGGCAGUUGCGACAUUAAGUGGAGUCCUUUUACAUUUUAUGGAAAGUCCAACAGGAGUCCUUGUUCUCUUCUGCCUUUACAUUCUUUUGCCUGGGCUUUCGAUUUCAAUUAUGAUUGGCGCCAUUGUUGAUUUGGUUCCUACACAUUUGAGAUCCAAGGCAGUCAGCUUCUGCAUGUCACUGGGAAGACUUGGGAUCAUUGCAGCUACGAACUUGAUGGGAGUUAUGCUGCAGCCUUAUUGCAACACCACUUUUGCCAUGUUUACGUGCACGCUAAUUGUUUGCAUUGUUAUCGUUCAUUACCUACCAAUUCGGAACUCAGCUUAAUGAAUUGUUCAUUUUUGUAUUUGUAUAUUUUUCUUCUUAAUGUUUUUUAUUAAAUUUUUACUUCAAUAUUUAAA